AAUAAUAAACGAUCUUGGGUUAAUUUUAAGUCUUUGGAUUAAAAUAUUGAAAUAUGCACAUGUGUUAUUUUAUGUAUUUGUGUUAUUUUAUGUAUUUGGAUUUAAAUAAUGAAGAAAAUUAACAUGUGGACUUUAAAGUUAUUAAAAGUACUUGGAUUUUAGUUAAUGGUCUAAACACCUAUUUUAAUUUUAGUGUUACCGAACUGUGUUAUAAUGAAGUAAUGAACAAUGAACUAAGCACAUAUGUUGACGAACUAUAUAAUUUCAAGUUUUUGGAUUUUAGUAAUGCAAUAAUACAUAUAUAUUUCAUGUAGUAAUGAUGAACUAAACACAUAUGUUACCGAACUGUAUUAUUUCAAGUCCUUGGAUUUAAGUUAUAAAUUCAACACAUAUGUAAACUAAGGAUAUUAUUUUUGUUAUGAGCUAAACGCAGAUUGAUGACUGAAUAAUUUCCGAAAUGUGUUUUCAAGUUUUUGGAUUUAAGCAAUGAAAAGACAUAUGUUGAUUGUAAAGUUACCGAAUUCUGUUAUUUUCAAGAACUUGAAUGUAAGUGAUGAUCGUAAUACAUAUGUUGACUGUAUAUAGUUACCGAACUGCAGUUCUUGAUAAAACGCAGGCCUCAGAAUUUACAGAAGUUAACGCUAUACUUCCAGUUAUAGGGUGAUGUCAAUGUAUCUUUAUGGCAGACUUUUAUUACCUGACGUAUUGAUUCUGUUUUUGUUGAGCGAUGCUGCUAUAACUCAUAAAGUCAAACGACACGUUUCUUGUCGCUUAAUAACUUCCAGUGAGUCAUUAUUUACAAGGAAGUCUUCAUCGCUUCUCUAAAGUGAGGUCUUGGUUUAAGAUAUCAACAUGUGAAGCUACAGGCAUAUUAUUUGGAAUAUUAGAUGCAUCUUAGCUGUUUAAAUAAAGUGUUCAUGUACAAAUACAGUUUUAUUUACUCAGGAACCAGACUUAAUGUGCCAGGAUAGAUAAAAGAGGAAUAAAAACGGAUAGAACAACAUAAUAAAUAGUUUCAUUUGAUUAGAUAAUAACUACACAAAGUCCAUGUACAUUGUGGAAUCUAGAUAAAAAUAAAGUCAAAAUACUGAUGUGAAAACGUUCACUGAACAAUUAAAUUAUGUUAUUGAUACAUUAGUGUAAAGUUCUAACACACGGCUGAAGGACGUUGCUUUCCAAUAGCUUUAAAACAAUGUAACAUACAAAAAGGCCAAAAUGCAGAUAGAGUAAUUUAUCCAACCAUUGAUUAUCAUCCAAGUAACAAACUUCGUACUGAAAAGGGAUAAAUCUAGGCUCUAUAGAAAUAUUUCAAUUUCUAUAGAUGGAUAAACAAUAUCCGACGUAAGAUACAGUUAUAAAGUUGGUCUAAUUUACCGUUUAACCUUUAGGCUACCAAUGUAACUAGGUUUCUUUAUUGUUAUUUUAUGGAGAAAAUUGAAUGUAUGAUAUCAGUGAAUACAAAUCAGACAAUUAAAGAUUAAAUCUUUCUAAGGUCGUUCAUAUACUAACUAAAUAUGAAAGAAGAACAAAUUAAACCUUCCAUUCAGAGGUGUGCAACGACUGAUAUAGUAACAUUAGGGGACAAGGAAUCCAAACAACUGGACGUUUCGACAAAAGGGACAAUAAAAAAGGCAGUAUCUAUGGAUUCAGGGGAAGCAGAAAUCUCCAAAAUGUCGAAAUCAUGUUUAGGAUCUUUAAAACGUCGUUCUGUCCGGAAACGAACCAGCAAAAGGUCAAAUAGACAAGAACCAGGAUAUGGUCACGAUACUGAGACUUACGAGAAAAUACGAGAACGUGUCUUACAAGAACGCGCGGUGACGAACGCUAUAGACGCUUUACAAGAACGCUGGAGAAUGUUAACAUUUAUGUAUGAGGAUUGUGUUAAAAUGAAUCAGACCAGGAAAGAACGAAAAUUGAAGAAACUAUGUGUGAAAAGACAGUUUGAACUUAUCAUGAUUGUAUCGACAUUUGCUCUUUUUUGUCUAUUUCUAUCAGUAUUGAUCUUUGUUUUACUGAACAUAUGGGAAACUGUAGGAACUAAAAGUAUUCCUGAUUUUCAGUUUCCAGUUAGUUAAAGUGAAUCGAACUUAAAUUUAAAAGUUUGAGUUUUUGUGUCAUAAAUUCAAUAAAAUAUAGUCGUUUAAAGGAAAUUAUGACAUCAGGUCAUGUUAUGAUGUUAUGUUAUGAUGUGCAUAAACGGACUAUUAACUGGAUUAUUACAUUGUAUAAUAUAUUCAGAUAUUGUGAGGUGUUGAAUUAUUUUCCGUACUGUUUCGCAUUUUGUACUUUAUGUACUUUAUGAUAUUUAUCGUGAACAGGAAUAUACAUAAAACCUAUGUCUGCUCUUUCCAGUGUGGAUUUAUUUGAUAAAGUGAUAUUAUUCGAACCUCCUUCGGGAUUCAUUUGAUAUAGAUAAUUUAGAAAUUGAUAUUCUAUAUUUGU